AUGGCAUUGUGUUCAGCACUGAUGACUAUUUUCGCCAUCAAGAUGGGUACAGGUAUAAUGUUAAUCAACUUGGUGAUGCCCAUGACUGGAACCAGAACAGAGGCCAUAGGAAAAGGAUACAGAGUAGAAUUUCAUGAACCAGAAACUUGGUGGAAAUUUGAUCCGGAAGAAUUAGAAAAGAGGAAUAAACAUGGUGUGUCUCGAAAGAAGAUUGCUCAGAUGUUGGAUCGUUACGAAUAUCAAAUGUCCAUCUCUAUUGUGAUGAAUUCAGUGGAACCAUCACACAAAAGCACGCAAAGACCUCCUCCUCCACAGGGGAGACAGAGAGAAAGAGUUUUAAAGACAACUUGGCACAGGCUCAGCAAAACCAAGCAGAAGAGAAACAGAAAAAGAAACAAAAAGAAGAACAGUCCGAGUAAAAUUAUGGAAAACUCAUUUGAAAUCUUAAGUUGUCUUACACCAGGUGAUCAGGACUCAUCUCAAAGUGAAGAAGAAGACUUCGAAGAGAUCAAAAGAGAAUCAGAGUGUCCCUUCACUGGUGGUCCACAAAAUGAAGUAGGAGAUUCUGUGAACAGCUAUAAAGAAAAAAGAUGGAAAAAUGUAGAUCCUGAAGACAGUUUUCCAAAUGUUGUGUCUAUAGUUGAGUUGGACAACAUGCCAAAGAAUUACCUCCCCAAGGAAGGUGACGACCGGUUUCUAAGUCUGUCACUGAUGUCAAAUGAAAGCUCCGUUACUUGCUCAACAUUGACUCAAAACCUUCCCUGUGAAACAAGUGAUGACUGCCCUGGCACAAAGGUAGCAAAGCAUAUUGGAAACAGGCAGAGUGUAGCCUUAGACAUCCAGGACCCAUUUGCUGAAACCACAUUCUCAUUUAUGAAGAAGAGAGAGUUGGUAGAAAAAAGUCUCCCAAAUGAACCAACUCUGUGCCAUCAACAUGGAUCCAGAACUUCAGAUAAAGUUGUAAGAGAGGAACAAGGAGUACCUGCCACUAAAAACAGUGAUUGGGCUUUUUUCACAGCCAGUUUAUCUGAUGAAGAGUUACAGUGGGACUCUGAUAGACAAGGCUAUUUUGGUAGCUGGCCUGAGGUACCUCGUAAGUUUAUAUGUGAACAGAGACCGAAGAAAGAUAGAUCACAUAAGCUGGCCUGUCCUGGCGGCAGGGGGCCACUGACUAAAUUGAUCUCCACUUCUGAAGGAGCAUCAGGACCAGGAAGCAGUUCAGAAACAUCUCUGGAGGAGAAGCUACUGACAGAAAAUGAAGAUUUUUCACCUCCACCUGAAACUAUAGAUUCAUUCAUAGAAACGGAAACAAAUAUCUUCAAAAGAUGCUUACCUCAGCUGGAUAUACCAGAGAAUGCCUUAGAAUCAACAAAGAAUAAGAAAAGGAGGCAGAAAAGGAUUUUCAAUUUGGCACCAAACUUUAACUUACUGGGACAGAAUCAUAUCAAUGCAGAAAAAGAAAGGGAGAAACAUGACAUGUUAAUACAAAACCAUGGACUAAAAAUUAUUUUGGGAGAUGAAAAAGAGAGAAUUUCAGACAUAAACAAUGAAGAGGAGAAUAAGCAAAAACUGAUGACCUUUGAUCAUCAUCCAUCGUGGUUUUACCUUCAUAUUAUGGAAAUUCCCCCUCUGUUUAUUGGUGGACAGUUUUACUCUCAUUGCCUGUCAUUUAACAGAUUAAGGCACUCUGCCUAUUUUUACAAAAAUGCUAUUCCUUCUCUUGUGCUACGCUAUAUAUCUAGCUUUUGGAAGAUGUCUUUUACAAACAAGAAACUGUUUUUGACUUUCAAAUCUCAGACAAGAGUAGGUAAUAAACUAAACGACGUAGGGCUUAUUUCUUCAGAAAUUUUAAGUAGCCAGUGUGACACUGCGUGCUCUUUGAGGGCCACUUCUGAUUGUCACCUGUUAAAUGAAAGGUUUGAUGAAAAGCUGAAGAGCUGGGAAGAACCUAAGUACUUACAGCGUUUACCAACCGAGGAUAGCCACGACUUAACAAGCGCCGACUUUGGUUCUUUUAAGCUACCAUUAUCACAAGGGUUUGCCUUUGAGCUAGUAAAGCUUUUUGGAUCUCCUGGAGUUCCAAUGGAGUCCUUGUUGCCCGAUGACUAUGUGGUUCCCCUCGACUGGAAGACACUGAGGAUGAUCUAUUUGCAAUGGAAGACAUCGGUGGAGAAAAGGCAAAAGAAGAUUGGUUAA